UCUGCAUUUGUACAAAACCCAACUCUCUCACUACUCUGUGAGUUUCUUCUGUUCGAGAUGAUAGCGAUUGGCUUUAUACUUUAAAGGGAAAUAAAGCUCGAAGCUUUUUCUCUUUCUCUCUCUAAAUCUCUUGCAGAGGUGGAAAAGCUCUUUCAUGGCUAAUCGGGGAACGAGCUUUGCUCAGAGCUCGGUUCAUGUUUGUCUAUCUUAUUCCUUCCGUUGCUUAUUGCGGUUUCGGAGUUGGUGAAGGAACGCGCGAUCUUCUGAGUUUGUGAAAGAGAUUGAUUUCUUUCGAUUUUGGUUGUAGAGGAUGCGAUUCUAGGUUGACGAGAAUGGAAUCAGUUUGAAAAGCUCCUCUGAUUUUGUAAUUCAGUUUUAAGGCCUGCGCUUGUCUGUGUUUGGGAUUUGAAGCUGUGGUGAUUCAGGAGCCGAAGAGAGAGAAAGAGAGAUUUGGAAAUUUGAAUUAUGGUUUUGUGUAUUUAAUGAAGUCAUGAAUAUUAUCUAGCCUCUACUGGAAAUUUCUGGUUUAGCUUGCUCUAGGUGAUGAUAGAUUUCUGUCUGGAUUGUGAAAUGCGAAUGUUUUGUAGAAGAAAAUGGUGAAUUUUGGCUGGGAUUGAGGGUUCUGAGAGUGAAAUAGUUGCAGAAGAAUUAUCUAAUUUCGGGAUUGGACAGGAAUGGCACUGUGGAGCAGUCUCGGAAGGACACUAUCGAUAUCUUCAAGUCAGGUCUGUUGAAUCUAGAUUUCUUGAAAAUGAAGCUUUCGACUACGGGGAUGGGUCAGCCGGGUCAAGAAGGCGGGGAGAAGCGAUGUUUGAACUCAGAACUUUGGCAUGCUUGUGCUGGCCCUCUUGUGUCCCUACCAGCGGUCGGCAGCCGUGUUGUCUACUUUCCUCAGGGUCACAGCGAACAGGUUGCAGUUUCAACUAACAAAGAAGUUGAUGGGCAUAUACCGAAUUAUCCGAGCUUGCCGCCACAAUUGAUCUGUCAACUCCACGAUGUUACCAUGCAUGCAGACGUGGAAACAGAUGAAGUUUACGCUCAAAUGACAUUGCAGCCCUUGACUCCGCAAGAGCGGAAGGAUGCUUAUCUUCCUGCGGACCUGGGAAUCCCGAGCAAGCAGCCAACAAAUUAUUUCUGCAAGACUCUAACUGCAAGUGAUACCAGUACUCAUGGAGGAUUCUCCGUUCCUCGUCGUGCUGCUGAGAAAGUGUUUCCUCCACUGGACUUCUCUCAGCAGCCACCAGCCCAAGAACUUAUUGCAAGAGAUCUUCAUGAUAUUGAGUGGAAAUUUAGACAUAUUUUUCGAGGACAGCCCAAAAGACAUCUUCUUACCACAGGGUGGAGUGUGUUUGUCAGUGCCAAGAGACUUGUUGCUGGAGAUUCUGUUCUUUUUAUUUGGAAUGAAAAGAAUCAGCUGUUAUUGGGGAUUCGCCGUGCCAAUCGGUCACAAACCAUGAUGCCUUCAUCUGUUUUAUCAAGCGAUAGCAUGCAUAUAGGUCUCCUUGCUGCUGCGGCACAUGCUGCUGCCACUAAUAGCCGUUUCACGAUUUUUUAUAAUCCAAGGGCAAGUCCAUCAGAGUUUGUUAUACCUCUCUCCAAGUAUGCUAAAGCAGUGUUUCAUACUCGUGUAUCUGUUGGGAUGCGUUUCCGGAUGCUGUUUGAGACUGAAGAAUCUAGUGUCCGCCGGUACAUGGGCACGAUAACUGGGAUUAGUGAUCUUGAUCCUGUUCGUUGGCCAAACUCUCAUUGGCGGUCUGUCAAGGUAAAUAUGUGCAAGUGUGUUAUUUUGUUUUUAAAAUAGCAUAAAGCCUAGUAU